CUGUACGACACAUUAUGUCCCAACAACAUUUUCUAGCUCAUCGAUUUUUCCCUUGUUAUAGACGCCUUGUCCUUUUCGCAUUAAACGGUUACUAUGUCUACUCUAAGCCUUAAGCACACAUCACCUGUGGUUGCUCGCCGAGGCUUUCGCUCGGUGGCCGUUCUACAGCCGGUUCGCUCGCGGCGCGCACUAGUUGCCCGGGCGCUUCUUGGACCGGAUGGAAAGCCGGGCGGCCAGAACUCUAACCAGAAGAAGUUUAUUACACGCGAUGAGGAGCCGGAGGAGUACUGGUCAAGUAAGGGCGAGCGAGCCGGUGCCAAUCCCCUUCAGGACCCACUUGCUAUGAUUGGCAUUCUGGCCAUUUUCUUUCCCUUCAUCUUCCUAGGCAUCGCCAUUGCCUCCGGCUACGUCGACCUCUCCGUCUAUCGAUGAGGGAAGUCUCUAGAGGGGGGUGUGCAUCAGUCGUGUUACGCACAUAGCAUAACAGAAGUUUGUUCGCGGUCCUUACGGAUUGUGUAUGGCAGAAGCAGUACCGGUACGGCAGAGGCGGGCGGCACAUAGUGCAUGUGCUUCCCAUAAUGCCGUGUGUUACGGCGCGGAAUUCAUUCGUUGACGGGUAUUGUAGUAGGCUUGGGGCGUGUUGCCGGCUGGCGGUUGGAUGCGAGGGGGUUACCAGAGCCCCGGUCAUACAUGUUGCGUUGUGAGGUUUUCCUGUAUUGAGGGGGGUGUUGUUGGUUUAAUGGGUAGGGUGCAAAGUGAAAGGUUUACAAACUGGAGUGACCUUAGGGAGUUACAUGGGUGGACCGCUUGUUAUUUUCAACAGAGAGGAGCAUACGAUCAAGAUGGCGCUUGAAACCUUGCUAAUGAUUGCGAACCGAGCAAGAGAACUAGGCACAUAACUUACAGAUUAGGGCCGGAAGGGAAGUAUAACGGAUAUGGAAGAAGCGCAUUCCACUGGCACUGUCUUCCCUUGCGAGGCUGAUCCUGUGUUAGUUAUUUCGGAAUCCCACGGUUGUUUCAGCAGCUAUUGUUUCCCGUGAUGCGAUUUCGUAAUCGAUCUGCCUAUAACGGUAUGUCGUGUGCCAGAUGCUUCGAGCUGUGUUUUACAAGGCAGGGAUGCCAUUGGGAUGUUGCCAUGCUUAGAUGUCUACCAAAGCAUAGGAGCACACGGACCCCAGAGAAGAACAAAAAGUGACAUUUAACAAUUCAUUCUGCACCUUUUGAAGGUAGGCUGUUGCCGAGAAGGAAGCAGCUGGCUAGCGUUGACCGUAUUUUGAUUAUGCGCAUACCAUUCCGGAACCGCUAUAGGCCUUCGUUGACCGUAUCUUUAAAGGAGCUGUGUAGAUGUGAGGAUGGUGUCUUCAAGCCGCUUAAGCUCUUUGUUAUUUGGAACGUGCGGACUCAUGUAAAACCCACGUGGUGUGAUGUGUCAUACCACGUACUCG